AUCAUGUCUGAUCGAACGUUUUCUUUACUCGUAUAAAUUUUGCUAUUUUCUUAUCGUGCAUAUAUAUAUAUACAUAUAUAGAUAUAUAUAUAUGUAUAUAUAUAAACAUAUAUCUGUUAAAAAAUCGAACUUUUGGCGCGUCGUACAUCGUGUGCCCAAAAUGUCUCUUUACUCGUCCUUGUCGUUGACUGUGUGGGUAUUGAAAAUUAUUGUUUCGAAGAAUAAGUGGUCCUUGUGUUUGGGUAUUGUUUCUUAACGUGUAUUCUUCCUUCACAUGUAUGAACGCGCGCGCGCGCGCGCGCGUGUAUGUUGUGUGUGCCUACGUGUUUUGUGUGUAUUAUAAUAUUUAAUUAAUAAUAUUAAGUGGACGAGUGAAAUGUACAUUAUGUUAAAAGUAAUCGAAAUAACGAAGAACGAUAUACCGUCCAAUGCUAAACAUCUUCCAGCGAUUGAAUCGGUGAGACGAGUGAAUCAUAAAUUGACAUAUAAUGAAUUUUUUCACACGUUUCUUAUUGACAACGAACCAUGUAUUAUCGAUACCGCGAUCACCGAAAGUUGGCCAUGUAGACAACAGUGGGUAUUAAAAGACGCGCCAAAUUUUGAAUUACUCGGUAGACUAUUCGGCCAAUGUUUGGUACCUAUAUCCGAUUGUAAAAGAAGAUAUUAUAAUUCGCAACUUAAAAACGAUAUGAAUAUGCAAGAAUAUUUGGAUUAUUGGGUUAAAUAUAGAAACAAUGAUUAUACAAACGAUAUGCCACUUUUGUAUCUGAAAGAUUGGCACUGUGCAAAAAUUUUCCCUGAUUUAAUUUAUUAUGAAGUACCCCAUUAUUUUGCAUCCGAUUGGUUGAAUGAAUAUUACAUUGCUAAGCCAGAAUUAGAGGAUGAUUAUAUGUUUGUUUAUAUGGGACCAAAAGGAACAUGGACCCCAUUGCAUGCUGAUGUAUUUUUUUCAUAUAGUUGGUCUGCCAAUAUCGUUGGUAGAAAACGUUGGUUACUUUUUCCACCAAAAGAAGAAAAUAAAUUUCGUGAUUCAUAUGGUCAAUUGGUAUACGAUGUACUUUCUGAGGAUCUUAAGGAUCAUUCUAAGUAUAAAGAGUACGAUAGUCAAAAUCUAAAAUGUUUUGACGUAAUACAAGAAGCUGGGGAGAUUAUGUUUAUUCCAUCGGGAUGGCAUCAUCAAGUCUGGAAUUUGGAAGAUACUAUUUCUGUGAAUCAUAAUUGGAUCAAUGGAUGUAAUAUAUAUACCAUAUGGCUGAGUUUGAAACAACAAUUAUCUUCUGUUAUGAAAGAAGUGGAAGAUUGUAAAGAUAUGGUUAAUUGGGUUGAACAUUGUCAAUUAAUGUUGAAAGUUUCCCAUGGAAUGAAUUAUAUACAAUUCUAUUCUUUUAUAUCUUUUAUCGCAACUAAACGUUUAGAUUUUAUUACAAAAGGAAUAAGAGUGAAUUCCUUCCGGAAAUACGAAUUUGGAAUUAAUCAUUGUUCCUUUGAUCUUACAAUGUUAAAAACUGUUUUGGAAGAUUUUAUUAUCGAAACUAAGGAGAAAUCAAUUUAUAGUUUGAUAUCUGCAGACGACCAACCGAUCAAUUUAUUAGAAAAAAUCAAUUCUGUACUUCGAGAUGAAGAUAAGUAAUAUCAUUUUAUAUGAAGAACGAUUUACUGUGAUUUUACCGAUUGAUAUCAUCGAUAUCGAUUAUCGUGACAUCUAGCGAUAAGAUUUUUGAAUUAAUUUUUAAAGUGUGCCCCUGAGGAUAGAUAACACUUUUCACUCGCGUGUAAAAAGCACAACGAUCUGUAAAUACUUUUAAUUAGAUAUAAAAAAAAGAGGAUUGCAAUAAAAUUUUAUUUUUUCAAA